AAGGUACUCUGCGCAAGCCCAGGAUUAGGCUGGGCUUUGUGUGAAUUGCAGCACGGUGCAUGUCGUCAAGGCACUAGGUGCCACCUCGUCCGCUGAACAUGGCCAGAGAAGCCAUAGUCGCGGCCUCCACACUGUCUCUGAAGGACGCUCAGCGAUGCUUCGACAAGGAGCGCCAGGCGUUCCUGCGCGACCUGGAAACGCUACGGCAACAGUUGGUGAAGAAGGACCAAAAUGCUGCUCGUGCGGCGGCUGCAGCGAGUUCGCACACGAUUCAGCUCAAGCGCGAAAUCGCUACACUACAAACAGCCUUGGGAGCUGUAGAAGCAGAACGCAACAAGUUCCAGGAGCAAUUUACACAUACAAGCUCAUUACUCGAGACAGCACUAGAUCAACGACAGGAGGAUCAAACAAAAGUUUCUCGGUUGAACGAGACACUACGCACAUUAGAGAAACAGCAGGAGGAGACAGUAGAAUUGGUCAAGAAAGAGGCGACCUCCAAUGUGCGAGCUACUCAUGAGGAACGUCAAGCCUUGCGCGCUAGAGUCGAACAUCUAAGAGGAAAACUGGAGACUGAGAGAAAAGAGUGGGAGAGUAUCCACCGUCCAGUGGCGGACGAGCUGAAAAAAUGCAAGACGAGGUUACAACUUGUCGACAAGGAGCUUCAGGAUGCUCGCUAUCGAGAGCGCUCAAGCUUUCAGCUGAAGGAGAAAAUGAGUGGUGAGGUCACUAAGUACAAAAGGAAGGUAGCUGAUUUGACAACAGCGUUACAAGAGGCUUUACACGCGAAAAGUGAGCUAAAAGCUGAGCACACUUUAAUGGUGCGGCAUAUGAAGGACAAGUGGAGAGAGGUGCUGCGAAAUCACCAGCACUCAAAGGAGCAGAUGAUGAUGCUACAGGAAGAUUACAAUGGUUUAUUCCGGUCACGCACGUGUAUAGAACGGCAAAAUGACCAGAUUUACCAGGCCAUGAAGCAAAUGAAGGUACGACACGAGCAAACUAUGAAGGCCAAGGAAGAGGAAUGCUGGGAAAUCGAGAAGAAACAUAAGAAAAUGAGCGUCACAUGCCUGCAGUGUUUAAAAACUCCCGAACAAAAACAACAGGAUGAGACCAUUAAGUUAGAUGCAAUUCGUGAACAAACACGGCUUGAAGUUACCAAGAAUUUGGAGCUUGAGCGCUGGGAUCACUUUCAGGAAGUGAACAGCAAAUAUUUAGAUACAAGCAAGCAAUUACAGACUGCAGUCGAAGAAUGUGAGCUGCUAAGGGGGAAAUGCAAAACAGUGACUAACCAGCAUCAGGAACACCAAGAAAAGGAGCAAAAACUAUUGGACAUGCUGAAGGAAGCUCAAGAUAAAGUGCGAGAAAUGGGUGCAAAACGAGAUGAAGAGAAUCAGCAGAUGGAAGGGGCGAAGAAAACGAUGCAGGACUUGGUAGAAAAUUUGACGAACUUGACUGCGGUGACAGCAGACCAGAGCAAGAAACUCCAGGAGCUUGAAGCUGCUCGGCUAGAAGAGCGCGAACACUUGGAGGAACAAAUCCGUAACCUCGAAGCGGACAAGAAAUCUAUCACGCAAGAUCACCAGCAGCUUAUGCAUCGAUAUGAAGAGUUUGUCGCGCAGUAUGAGGUGCUAAAAGAAGAAAAAUCAAAACACUGGAACGAGAUUGUACAAGCACAAUUAAGUGCCAACCUGCUCAUUGAGGAACAGGCUCACACAAUUGAUGACUUGCUGCAAGCGAAGGCUAAUGGCACUUACGUCUCCCCAUCGAAGCCCACAUCGUAUCCUGACCGUGCUCAAAUCGCUUCUCCUAGUUCAACAGAAAACUUUGCCUCAACUGAGCACGCUAGUCUGGUUACUACCUUACGCCACGAGUGCGGAGCCUUACGAGAUGAAGUCGCACGACUCAAGGACAAGAUACGAGGCGAGAAGGUGUCAUGGCAGAGUGACAAUGAUAAGAAGAAGGAAAGCGAGCUUUUGGGCGAAAUCAAGAUUUUACAGCUAGAGCGACAGAAGCUGAAAAAGACGAUAGAGGAACAAGCUCUUACCAUUCAUGAAUUGACGCUUCAAGAGGACGAAGACGACGGUGACGAGGGCGGUGAAGAGCAAAGCUUCGGAUGCAGUAGUGGGCAGGUAGCAAGUAAUUUUGAUCCAGGUAUGUCCGCGUAUACGGAUAGCUGUGCAUCGCCUGAAGGUUGGCGCGACAUCGAUCGUCGUGUUCAAGUAUAUGACAACCCUCCACGCCAACGGGGUGAUGGAUUCUGGUUAUCACCUCGCUCUCGGUCUCCUGAUCGUGGAAAGGAUAUUCCGACUCGACCAACAAGUCACAGCCUCUUUAAAGUAAGGAAAGCAGGAUGAGUGACGCGUCGAUUGUCAGUUCGGCAACAGACAAUCGGUAGCAACCACGCUGCACUUCUUCCGAAUAGAAACCACCUGAGUGUUUAGAGC